UGUAAUCCUAAUUUUGUCCUUCCUUUUUCUUUCUUCUUCUUAAGGAGAAACGUUUCAUUUUUCUUUCUCUUCUUCUAUACACAUAUUAUAAGGUUUUAAUUUCAUCAGAAGAAUUUGAGUUUUCAAGAAUAAUUAUGGGUUAUUUAUGGACUUUGAUUUGUCAUCUUCAUACUCUGGCCGGGCCAAUGACGAUGUUGCUCUAUCCUUUGUAUGCUUCAGUAGUAGCAAUUGAGACUACUGAUAAAUUGGAUGAUGAACAAUGGCUGGCUUAUUGGAUUUUUUAUUCUUUUCUUACUCUUAUGGAAAUGAUCCUUCAACCUAUUCUUGAAUGGAUUCCAAUAUGGUAUGAUAUGAAGUUGCUAUUUGUGGCAUGGCUAGUUUUGCCACAGUUGAGAGGAGCAGCAUUUAUAUAUGAUAAGUUAGUAAGGGAAAGGAUUAUCAAGAGAUAUAGAGAAUCAACAAUAUCACAACAACAAAACAAGUCUCCUAAAGCCAAAUCACAACAAAUUAACAAGUCUCCUAAAGCCAAAUCACAACAAUAUAACAAGUCUCCUAAAGCCAAAUCCAAGACUAAAUUUGUGGACUUCAUCAUUCCCAAAAAGAAGGCAAAACAAAGACAGUCGGUGGAGUAAGCUUCUGUUAUGUGCGGAACUUGGAGAAGGAAAAGAAAUUACAACAACAAUAAUUCUUAUUUGUCUCACUGUCUUAUUUAUGUUUUUAAGUUUGAAUAAUUUAUUUACUAAUAAUAUAUAAUUAUUAUGUUAAACAGGGAGGGCAAGAAGCUUACUAAAGAGUGAUGGAUUAUGAAGUACUAUUGUAUGGAUUAAUUAAUUUUGUUAAUUAACACUGAAAUAUAUAUUGUAUAGUAUUUGGCUUGUACAUUAAUAUAUGGUGUGCAAUGAUGUGCUCCCACUUUGUAAUUUUAGCCUAAACUUUGUAACUUAGAGAAAAUCCUACUUUUUUUUUAUUAGUUAUAUUUGUGGGUGUUGUCAUGUUAAAGUUGAUAGUAUAUGUAUAUUUACAAAAUUGUGUCUUUUA